CUGACCAUGAUGCUGCCGACUCUGUCUGUGAAUCCGUAAGAGAACAGACUGGGAACGUCGUCAUCCAUGAUCUCCAUCUUGCGGCCCUUGUAGUCUCCAACCUCAUACAGGCAGAUCUUGUGCUUCUCGGGGUCCUGCAGCAAAAAACAAACAAACAAAUAAUCAAUGCAUUUUCCUAACAGAAUCUAAAAGUACUACAGGAAUCAGAUGCACACCAUUCUGACGGGUCUGAAGGAAAGCAGGUAGUCGUUCUUCUGGCAAUUGCUCCAAGAAUCCCAGCGAGGAUAUUCGCCCUUCUCCAGGAUGUACAUCUCACCGCAGAAGUUCAUCUGCUCGAAACCAACAAAUCUGCACAGAAAAAGGACUGCUGACCUGCACGAACAUACUGGGGCCAAACCCUUUGUGUCCCCUGCUUUCACCCAAAACACACCGCUACAGCGACUGAAUGGGCUCUCAACACCAGUGUGGCUCUUCUAUAGUAUGUGCUGAGCUGGCGACCCUCCGGCCUGUCCACCGGCCGCUCUCCACGCGCGUCGCGUGCGCAAUGGCGGCCGCGCGCAUUGUAGUGCGCGCACACGACGGCCGGUAUAAAACCGCAGCGCCAGAUUCUCUCAAAGCUCCACGCGAUAGCAGUGUUCAGGCGCGUGCCACACAGUGACUAAACACGAAAUAAAGAUGUAUAGGUUUACUCGAUCCGCCAUGAUGCAGCCCAUGAUCAGCUCUGGCAUGGGAAUGGCUCCUUUCUUCAGGGUGACCGUGUUCGAGCAGGAGCACUUCCAGGGUAAAUGUCAGGAGUUCACCAAUGAGUGCUGCAAUAUCCAGUGCUGUGGCUUCGACAACAUUCGCUCCAUCCGCGUGGAGAGCGGCGCCUGGGUGGGAUACGAGCACCACGACUUCCAGGGCCAGCAGUUCAUCCUGGAGAGAGGAGAGUAUCCUCAUUGGGAUGCCUACAGCGGAAACCUGUCUUACCAUGUGGAGAGACUCAUGUCCUUCAGACCCGUCUACUGCGCUUCUCACCAGAGCAGCCGCAUGACCAUCUUCGAGAGGGAGAAUUUCCUGGGCCGCAACGCUGAGCUGUGUGAUGAUUACCCGUCUCUGCAGGCCAUGGGAUGGUGCCGUCCUGAAGUGGGAUCCAUGCAUGUGCAGUGCGGCGCUUUUGUGUGUUACGAGUUCCCGGGCUACAAGGGCAGGCAGUACAUCAUGGAGUGUGAGAGGCACAGCGGAGACUUCCAGCACUGGAGGAACUGGGGAUCCCACAGCCAGACACCUCAGAUCCAGUCCAUCCGUAGGAUCCAGCACUGAGAAAACCUCCAACCCGCCCCGACACACAACACUCUUCUUCCUCCUCACCAGUGUCUUUGUACUGCUAGAAACACACACUUUUACGCUGCACGCUCACCAUGGUGUGUGGGACGAGGGUGUGGGUCACAGUUACUGACGAAGACUGACCCUUCAGAGAUGCUCCAAAACAGCUCAGGUGGAACUCAAAACUACACACACUAAUAAAUGCUUGAUAAUUAAA